UCCAGAAUGUCGCUGGUUCCAUCUGCAGUGCGAAUCGCGACGAAAGCGCGGGCAACAGUUCUUGUCCGUAGUGCUAACUAUCACGAAAAAGUGAUUGACCACUAUGAAAAUCCACGUAACGUUGGGUCUUUGGACAAAAAUGACCCGUCCGUUGGUACAGGAAUUGUGGGUGCACCGGCAUGUGGUGAUGUUAUGAAGUUACAAAUAAAGGUUGACCAAAAUGGGAAAAUCGUUGAUGCCAAGUUCAAGACAUUUGGGUGUGGCUCGGCAAUUGCUUCGAGCAGUUUGGCAACAGAAUGGAUUCAUGGUAAAACGGUGGAGGACGCUGCGAAUAUUAAGAACGAUCAAAUCGCCAAGGAGCUCUGUCUUCCACCAGUUAAACUUCAUUGUUCGAUGCUGGCCCAGGACGCCAUUCAAGCAGCGCUUAAGGACUAUAAGAAGAAACAAAUGAAAGGGCCAAAAUCCACAGAGUAG